AAGCUGCUUUUUCAUGCACAUAUUAUGGAUAUUAUAUUCAAAAGUCAACGGUCCACAUAUAAUUUCAUAAAAAUAUUAUUUUAAAUUGUAAUCCCAUUAAAAUAUGAAAUCAUAAUAAAGAUUCAAUAAAUCUGCAGUUCAUUAUAAAUAAAGAGAACAACAAUGUAACUUAGCCCUCACACAUUGCUUCACAAUAUAAUACAAAAACAUUAAUUUCUUGUCAAUGAAAGCCUUGAAACAAGACAUGUUUGUUACAUCUGCACUACCAAUAUUGCUUCUCAUGAUGCUCGUCGCAUCAUCAAAAGCAAUAUUCUUCGAUAAAAAGAACGUCACGAUACGUAACGAAAUUCCAGGCGAAACUAUCAACAUCCAGUGCUAUUCGUCGGAAGACAAUCUUGGAUCGCACGACCUCGCCUACGGCGCAAGUUACUCUUGGCACUUCCGCGUCAACCUUUGGGGUACUACCAAGUUUUGGUGCGAUUUUACUACGAAACAUGGGUCCGGGAAUUACGGCGUCUACACUAGGAAUUUGGAUGAGUUAUGCAACGGGUUGUUUCAAUGGUUAGUGAAGGAAAAUGGACUGUGCCUAAUAAUGGAUGCACUCGAUGAUCAAUUAUAUUGCCAACGCUGGAAGAAGCCGCCGAGUCUUCUCUAACUACUUCGUGCCGUAAAUUAAAUCGAGUAAUA